CUUAUUUCCAAUGCCAUGGGAAUAAGCGUUGAUUCUUAACCACGAUGUCUGUGCCGGAGGUUUGCACCCUGGCCAAACUCGUUUCCCCCUCUGCUCCCUGGCGUCCCCCGCCUAGAACCCUCACCGAUUCCAACAAUCCCAUGCCAGUAAGUGACUUGGUCCGGCCCGGUUUGCUUCGAGUAAGCGGUGUUGCUGUUGUACUUCGUCGAAGACGCACGUUUGGUUUCGUCGAUUGUAAGCAUUAAAGGCCGCGCGUGCAAGGAUGUGAUGUGUCUAGGAAGGUCGUCGAAAAAUGCCGUUCGUCCAGCGGGUCAUAGCCCCGAAGCAUCUGAGCCGGAUUACCCUCCACGAUGAACAGGGGCGGCCCCGGGUGCGCGAUGACGAACUGGAGGCCGUAACAAAUUUCACCCUCUGCAACGCCCUUAGACAGCUUUCGUCUGUCCUCUCCGUGGCUCAGGACAUUUUCGACACCCUCAAUAACGAACUUCACCGUGUCUCCCAGAGGACUUUCAAUAUAAAAAAAAGGAUACAGACUCUUCAGGACAACGUCGACAACUUCGAUCCCAAAUCAGUUACAGUCCCCGAGAGCGAUUUGACGGAGUUUUGGUCGAUCAAAAACCACUUCGAAAUAAGGCAGGAAUGCGAGACCGAACUGUUCACCAGGUCAUCGAGACCCGUCUGCGUCCAGCAGCUUUACGAAGCCGCAGCAAGCCCGCCCAAAGUCCCCAUGAAGGCAGGCAGUGUCUACAACGUGACCCCGACCCUAGGACACAAAAAGAAACACAUACUCAAUGACAUCGAAACACGAAAGCCUGCACUUAUCAAUGGAUUGAGAAAAUGGACUUCUUCAGAGGCGCUCGGUAGUGUGACUGUUGAUCCAGACUGCACGCUUAAAGUCAUUGAUAAGGAGAUGGACGUCACUGACCACACGCUACCAUCGCCUGAGGAGCAGUUUCAAGCAGUUGCGCUCAAGUUCCCGCCUGAAAUCGUAACUGUCGACAUUACGGGUAAAAGUUUCGAAAGGAUGUCCAGCAUAAGAAGGUCUCUCGUGGCAGGAGACGACACCGUGAAGAGAAGGACGAAAGGAAAACGCCCGAGGGGAAAGAGAAGAAACACGAUCGCUGGCACGGAUUGCAAAGAACUAGAAGCUAUCGUCGGAACGUCUACUGAAACUAUGCUGGUUAAAUCCAUUAUCGACGGGGCCGCCUUCGAGAAGAAGUCCCAUCUGGAGAGCCUCAAAGAAUGGGGGAAGUCGAGACUGAGACAAAUAAGGAACUCUGAGCCUGCUGUCAAGCUGAGGGGCGCGUCCAUUUCAGGAAGGAGGAAAUGGGACAAAGAAGAAAACCCGCAUUCGUCUAGCGGGAACUGGAGCGCCUCCAGCGAGUCGGGACAUUCUACCGCCACAUCUCAUAUCCCAAGGUCGAGUAUAAGUAGUGGAAGUGUUUGUCCUAAGCAUAAAAGGCCUCCGAUGGUGUCGACGUCUUCUUCUAUUACGAGCGAAAGUACGACGUUAACCCCUGACGACGGUGAAACGUGUUCAAUGUAUUCAUGCGACACUGAGGGGUACUACACGUCCUUCCAUUUGGACUCGGGGUUGAAAACGUUAAGGGAAGAGGAGCCAAGUACGCCGAUUCACUGUACAUCCGCGCUUUCCGUGAACAGCCAGAACGCUUCAACACUCACUGCAGAAAGUGAGUACGAACUUUUUGGAAAAGGGUCAACGUCGACGACGGCCAGUUCAGCCGGAACAGUCUGCACGACCCUCCUCGUCCCUUCGCCCCCCGUCGUCCCGGAAAGGAUAAACAGUCAACUUUCCGGAAACAAGACACUCCCUGAAAGAACGAACAAGUCGUAUUUAGACCCUAGAGAGACACAGAGCCUCAAACUUAACAAGAAGCCUGAGAUGAAGAUGCUGACUUUCCAGGAGAUCAAACAGAUAAACGAGUCCACGUCCAACCUGACCAAAGAGAAUCUGUCUAAGCACGACAUCAACGACGAGAGGAACUGCAUCAUCACAGUCGACGUACACCACGAACACAGAAAGACACCCGAAAAGUGCGGUGAUUCACCCGAUUCCGGUCAUAAUACUUGCAGCUCGCCAGUCGAUUCUAUCGCCAGUCCUUCUUUGGAUUUAGAAAUGUCCGAAUGCUCGGAUCUAGAAGGAAUUGACAGGGUGGAAAGGAUAAGGGAAAAGACGACUAUCAACACUUCGAGGAUACCGUCGAUGUGCGUCAUAACUCCUCCACAGAGUGACGACGAAGUCAGCCUGAACCAAUACAGGAACAUAGAUUCCGGUGAAUACGUGACCAUCGCGGAAGUGAGAGGUGUGCCCGGUUCUCCAGUCAAAUUCAACACAAUAUCAACAGUUUUGAAAAGAGAGACGGAGUACGUCUCGUUGAACGACAUACCCAAGACGGACUGCUUGACAGAACCAAGACGGACAGGGGCUAGAGUCACGUUGAACGCAGAAGGAAAAGUCGUCUUCUCUUCAGAUAGUUUGAAAAGAAGAAAAGCUCUCCAUACGACUAGUACCUUCGAACCCGGGCCUUACGUUUCAACGACUAGCAACGCGAGUCCAGUACCUCAGCGGAACUUCAACGUUCGACCCAUAAACACGUCGAGCCAAUUGUUUGCAAACAGAAAGACGGUAAUUCCGUCUCCGGUCCAGAAGACGUCGACCAUCGAGACCAAAGAGUCAAAUAUUCCAAAUAAACUCCCGUCGGGACCUUUAUCACCGCAGAGCCAGAAGAAGCUGAGCGCUCAGAAGCAGCAGUUUUUCCCCCAGAGCCCUGUGCAGAACAUCCCUUCCAAACCGCUCUCUCCGCUCGUUUCUCCCACGCACAACAGGUCGAUCACCACCGUUGCGAGAGCGGCUUCGCCGAGGAUGAUAGUCCGGGCCGGAGCAAGAUCCGGGAGCCCGCAUCAGUCGCGAGGGGCGUACGUCAACAUCAACCAAACCGGCCAGGACAACCUUCUGAAGCGCAGCGACAGCUACAAGCAAGCAAACGACCAAGUCUUCAACCCCAACGUCCUAGGAAGAAAACAGUACGGGCCUGGCGUCGUAGCCGGGCCUAGUCUCAUUUCGGCUAUUCAAGCGGUCCGCAAUAACAAAGCUGGAGACAAGUCGUCGAACGAAGAAACUGAAAUUAAAUGGAAUAAGAACGAUUCGAUCAGCAGCGGUCAGUCGACGUGGCCGAGGUCGACAUCGACUCCGACGAAAUCCCCGGGCCAUUCGUCCGACCUGGAUUUCACGACGAAUCCCUCUCCGAUCCGAAAGAACUCACCGCCGAAAUCGAGCAGGUCGGCCAUGGACCUGUUCGCUGUAAUCCACGAGUCCAAAAAGAGAAUUCAAAGUCUGACAAAGUCCGAAAACAAGCCCGUCUGGCCCAAGGUAAUCCCCGCGAAAAACUUGGUCCAGCCAACUCCUCUGGAGAAGAACAUUUUAAAGAACAUGCCUCAGCCGAUGCCGCCGCUCCAGCAGCUGCGAUACAUCAGGCAGAAUAACAUGUCAGGUGGGUUCGGCUCCCUGCCCAGGCUCCAGGUCCAGAAGUUGGAAGAAUCACCGAGGAAUUUACAGAGAAAGACCUACAACAGACCCACUCUAGUUCCUUCUUCGCCGCCACCUGACUCGGAAAGGCCAUCACUAGCUAUCGACCGGCUGGGCCCGCCGCAGCCUACUUCGCGGAGGGACUUCAAGAAGCUCCUCCUGCAGAAGGGUUGGGGCCACAUCGCCUCGCCGGUCGGCAAGGAGUCGGCCGUCCAACGGCUUAAAAACCGCACCCCGACGGUUAAGCCCAUCGACCACAACGUUCUCUCGUCCACGAUACCGGAAGAUCGCAGUGACGAAGACGAACAGACACUGGCCGAAGCCGUCGAAAACCUCAAAUCAUCCCAAUUGGUACAGGCGCAACACAAGCUCAUGAACAAAACAAACUCCACUCUCGAAACUGCUUUAUAAAAUAAAAAAAUAUAAUAAAAUUCCAGCCUUUUGACUUUUUCGAAUUGAUAACAUUUUACGUUAUUCAUGUUAAUCAAGGCUUCUAAAAUCAGUCAGACCAUUCAAGCCAUUUUUUUUUCUCUUAGUAAUUACUCUUUUCUUUUUAUAACGUUAAAGUUUUGAAUAUGGCAAAGCAACCAGCAUUUUGUACAGUGUAAAUACUCAAAUAUAUAAUAUAUAAGCAAUAUAGGAAUGUUAAAAAUUGUUAUUGCUGAAUGUUAUCUUGCCAUAUCAAUUUUGAAAAGCUACAUUCCACAAGGAAAAUGUAUUAUAUUACCAAUUAUUUAUUUAUUUCUUUAAUAUUUAUUACAUAUAUUUUAGAAACCUGAUGCAA